AAGUGCAAUACAGCAGAAGUCAGAAUGGGAAGAGAAUGUGUCCUCAGUUGUGAAUAUGGUGGGCAAACUGUGGUUGCAGAGUGGUUAAGUUUUCUGCUACUAAAUGGAGAGUUGGUGGUUGGAACCCAUCAGCUGCUCUGGGUGAGAAAAGUGUGGCAGUCAGCUAACUUCCAUAAAAAUUACAGCCUUGGAAACCCUAUGAGGCAGUUCUCCUUUGUCCUACAGGGUCUCUAUGAGUUGGAAUCGACUCAGUGGCAGUGGGUUAUAACACAUAAGUGUCACUAAACUCAGAUUGUCCCUGCUUCUUCCUCUAAAAUUAUCAAAAUCCCACAGAAAUUCUCAGACAAAAAUAAAGUGGACUAAAGGAAAACUUUGAUGUAAUUUUACAGAUAAAAUAUACUAUUUCUGUAUUAACAACAUUAUGGAUUUUUGAAGUUAACUUUAGGAACUCCUAUAUCACAAAUCAGGAGAUCCACAUAAAACACAUUAUUCAUUGACACAACAGACAUUAAUUUCUGUUGACUUUCUUUAGAAUUUAAUCUAUGUUAUAUCAAUGAGUAAGGUGUUACACACAGAUCUCCUUAUUUUUGGAUGUGGAAAACAUGGUGGUGUAGUGCUUAAGUGGAUUCCAACUCGAAUCCACCAGCCACUCUUUGGAAACUUUAUGCGGCAGUUCCACUCUGACCUAUAGGGCCACUAUGAGUUGAAAUCCACUAGACUGCAAAGUUUUUUUUUUUUGGCUGUAGAAGAUUCUAAAGUUUACUUCAACUUCAAAAUCAUAUGAAGAGCCCUGGUGGCACAGUGGUUAAGUGCUUGGCUGCGAACAGAAAGAUCAGCCACUCUGUGGGAGAAUGAUGUGGCAACCUGCUUCUGUAGAGAUUACAGCCUUGGAAACCCUACGAGGAAGAUCUAUUCCAUCCUAUAGGGACACUAUGAGUCAGAAAUGACUCAAUGAUGACAGAAAACAACAGUAUGAAGAAAAAGAUCAGUGGUUGUUCUCUGGUAGUCUUCUGCAUGGGAAACCUGGGUUAAAUUUCUGGCCAAUAUACUUCAUACACUACCACCACUGGGUCGGUCAGUAGUGAAUUCUGUAUUGCUAUGAUGCUGGAUAGGUUUCAGAGGAGGUUCUAGACUAAGGCAGGCUAGGAAAAAACGCCUAGUGCACAACUUCCCCUAAUUAGCCAGUGAAAACCCUGUGGAUCGCAAGGGUCCAAUCCAAAACAGAUCACAGGGAUGGUGUAGGAUUGGGCAGUAUUUUGUUUCAUUGUGUUUGUGGUCACUGUGAGUCGAGGCUAACUCAAUGACAGAUAACAACAAAAAAUAUGAGGAAAAAAAAACUUCCAUUGCUAUAAUAUAUUAUAACUUGAUUAGAAAAUACUACAUGAAAGCUAAUACCAAACCGUCUGUUUUUUUCCAGAAGAGGUAACUAGACUAAAUGGGCCAACAGAAUCUAACAAUGCCAACUGAAUUCAUUCUAAUGGGAGUCACAAGGAAACCCGAACUUCAGCUACCCCUUUUUGGGGUCUUCCUCAUCAUCUACAUGAUCACUGUGGUGGGCAACCUGGGCAUGAUCAUCUUGACCAAGAUGGACUCCCGCCUACACACGCCUAUGUAUUUUUUCAUCAGACACUUGGCCGUCAUUAAUCUUGGUAAUUCUACUGUCAUUUGCCCCAAGGUGUUGGUAAAUUUUGUUGUGGAUAAAAAUACCAUUUCUUAUUAUGCAUGUGCCACACAGAUGGCUUUCUUCAUUUUGUUCAUUAUCAGUGAACUUUUUAUCCUAUCAGCCAUGGCCUAUGACCGCUAUGUGGCUAUCUGUAACCCUCUGCUCUACAAUGUUAUCAUGUCCCAAAGACUUUGUUAUUUGCUUGUGGGCAUUCCAUAUUUCUACAGUUCUUUCCAGGCUCUGAUGUUCACCAGUAAGACUUUUACUUCCAUCUUCUGUGGUUCUAAUGUCAUCAGUCAUUUCUACCGUGAUGGAGUUCCCGUGUUAUCUAUACUCUGCUCAAAUUUACAAGAAAUAGAAUUGAUGCUUAUGAUAUUUUCAGCAUUUAAUUUGAUAUCCUCCCUCCUGGUUGUCCUGCUGUCUUACCAGCUGAUUCUGAUAGCCAUAUUUCGAAUGCAUUCUGCCAAGAGCAGGAAAAAAGCUUUCUCCACAUGUGGUUCUCAUCUGACAGUGGUAGUUGUGUUUUAUGGGACUCUAUUAUUUAUGUAUGUCCAGCCCAAAUCUUCUCACUCAAAUGAUACUGACACAAUGGCCUCUGUGUUUUACACUUUAGUCAUACCCAUGCUUAACCCUUUGAUAUACAGCUUGAGGAACAAAGAGGUAAAAAAUGCCUUCCAUAGGGUUUUUAAAAAUCAUUGCCAACUUUGUAUUUAAUAUUCACCCUUGUUUUAGUAAACAAUGCAAAAGGCAAUGUCGCUUGAUAAUAUUUUUAGUAGAUAUAAAUGCAUUCCUUUUGGUUCCAAAGCAAAGGCUAAUUAUAAAUCAGAUACUAUCACAUUGGUUAUAAUAAGACAUAUUAAUCCUAUUUUACACUGUCAUUUCUUCCCCAUCGUUCCUUGCUUCCUAUGCAUUGCUUACUUAUAUGAUUUCAUAAACCCUCACACUUCCACAAUGAUAAACUUGAACACACUCUUGAUCAAUAAAACAUAUGAUUGUUUCUGUCAGUUUUUUUAAGGGCAAGGGUCUUUCAAUCUUUUUCCCAUUGCAUUUUCUAGGCCUGAAGCAGCAGCGUAAAUAGUGUUACAGUCAAAGAAUUAUUGUGUCCUAUUAACAGAUGAAUAAUUUAUUUGUCAUUUUGUUAUGAAUCAAUUCUACUGUGAAAAUAAAUUCUUAACUAUGGAGUACUAAAAAGUGUGAAGUAGACUAGAUAAUUUUGAUUUGUCAGUAUUUAAUUUGAUUUCUUUCUUCUCUGCUUUGCUUUGGCAUAUAUGGUCCCCUAAGAAAAUGUUUUAAACUGGUAAAUAAGAAGCUAGUAAACAAACAUUUAAAUAAAUUCUACCAUAAUGGGAUAUCUUAGUCAUCUAGUGCUGCUGUGACAGAAUUACCACGAGUGGAUGGC